AUGGUCACCCUCCCCCAAGUCUCCGCCUCCAACGCCCAGAUCCCCUCCUCUCUCCCCAAGGACCUCGUCGCCGUCUUCGUCGGCGCGACGAAUGGCAUCGGCGAGACGACGUUGCGGGAAUUCGCGCGUUUCACGAAGGGGUUAGCACCGAAGGUUUUCUUUGUGGGACGGGUGCAAGAGGCUGGGGAGAGGAUUGCGAGGGAGUGUAAGGCGUUGAAUGCGGAUGGGGAGUUUACGUUUAUCAAGGCGGAUGUGGGGCUUUUGAAGGGGGUGGAUGAGGUUUGUGAGAAGGUAAAGGGGAGUGUGGGGAGUGGGGGUGUGAAUUUGUUGUGGUUGAGUCAGGGGACGUUGCAGACGGGGGUUGAUACUGAAGAAGGCUUACAUCUCCCUUCUGCCGUCGCCAUGUACGGACGGCAGAGGUUUCUUGUCAACCUCCUUCCGCUACUGCAGAAAGCAACCGGUCUUCGCCGCGUCGUAAGCUGUUUCGUCGGGACUAAAGAAGGACCAAUCGACAUGAACAACAUCCAAGGCCGCGGGUUGGGUCCAUCGAAAAUGAUCGCAUUCCGUGGCCACGGCGCUUCGAUGACCACUCUUUCCAUGGAGCACCUCGCGAAGCAGUAUCCGACCGUCUCAUUCAUCCACGACUUCCCAGGACCUGUCAAAUCUGGAAUCGGACGAGGACCAGGCUGGGCACUGCUCAUCAUGAGGUCGCUCGCUUCCAUCGUUGGACCAAUGUUCAACAUCCCGCUGGAGGAGUCUGGGCAGAGACAUGUGUAUCUCUGCACGAGUGCAAGGUAUCCGGCCAAGGUUGACGAGAAGGCUUCGGCUGUUCCGUUGGGGGGUGAGAUUCUGAUUGCGAAGGGAACGGAUGGCCUGGUUGGAAGUGGUGUUUACACUGUGGACGAGCAUUGCGAGAGUGGUGAUGAGAAGGUUGAUGCGCUCCUGGCUGGACUGCGGAAGGAUGGCUUGACGGAGAAGGUGUGGCAGAAUGCUGAGGAUGAGUUUGUUAGGAUUACGGGGAGGGCCAAGAUCUAG